CCGCGCGCUUCAGUCCACGGGACACUCUGCUGGAGGAGCGGAGGGCAGACAGAGGCACAGCGCGUAUCUCUUGUUGAUGAACAUCAGUUACUGCCAUCUCCAGGACCCGAUUUGACGCCUUGAACAGUAUUGGAUCUAGCAAUCACCAUCAAUCCCAUUCAAACAUUGGAGUCCUGUGGCGACGUUUGGAUGUACGGCACCAUAUAGUUAGCGAUGGGAAUGUGGAUAAUAAAGUUCAUGCUGAUUUGGACCUGCUGGUUCGGAGUACGCGCGGACUUCGAUGGCAGGUGGCCCAGACAGAUGGCCUCAUCCAAUGGGUUGUGCCGAUACGGUGGCCACAUUGACUGCUGCUGGGGUUGGACGCGUGUCUCCUGGGCCCAGUGCCAGCCCCUCUACGUCUUAACCCACAGAGUAAUCGGGAUAAGGUGCCAACCCCAAGCUGUAUGCCAGCAGGGAUGUAAACAUGGAGAAUGCGUGGGACCUAACAAAUGCAAGUGCCAUCCAGGUUACACAGGAAAAACAUGCAACCAAGAAGAGCAAGCCUAUAUUAACCCCCCAAUGUGGCACAGUCACCCUCCUGUUUAUGUUCCCAUGGACCACCAGCCGAUGGGGGUGCCGUCAGAGGACCUGAACGAGUGCGGCCUCAAGCCUCGGCCCUGCAAACACAGGUGCAUGAACACAUACGGAAGCUACAAAUGCUACUGCCUCAACGGAUACAUGCUGUUACCUGACGGCAGCUGUGGAAAUGCCCGGACAUGCAGCAUAGCAAAUUGCCAGUACGGCUGUGAAGUAAUGAAAGGAGAGGUUCGCUGCCAGUGCCCGUCCCCAGGUCUACAGCUGGCACCAGAUGGCAGGACCUGUGUGGAUGUUGAUGAGUGUGUCACAGGCCACGCUGUUUGUCCACGGUUCCGUAAAUGCAUCAACACCUUUGGGAGUUACAUCUGCAAGUGUCAUGAUGGCUUUGAUCUGCAAUACAUCAAUGGGAAAUAUCAGUGUAUAGAUGUGAAUGAGUGUUCUUCAGGUCAACACCAAUGUGGUCCCUAUGCCACCUGCUAUAACACACCUGGUUCAUACAAGUGCAAGUGUAAGGAUGACUAUAGAGGUGUGGGCUACGACUGCAAACCCAUCCCAAAAGUGAUAAUCGACCCUCCGCGACCAGGAAAAAACACGCCGAGCAACAAUAACAACAAAGGGGGCAACAAAAUUCCAGGCUCCGACCAAAAGAGGACCACCACAACAAGACCGCCAGUGACCGCUAAACGGAUCUCACCUACAACCACCACAACCAAAGCUCCUCCAACAAAAAAAGUCACCCCUCCAGCAAAACUCCCAAUGACCACCACCCGUAGACCUCUCAUUCCGACUCGUAGACCCCCGGUGGUGGUGACACCCAAACCAAACGUCCCAUCUCGCCAGCAGCCCACCACAACCACCAUAAAAUCCCCUGUGGCGACAGCCCUUCCUUUCAUCCCGACACGCAGACCUGUCAUCCCGUUUGUCACCCAGAUUGUCAAUAGCAUAAAAGACAACAACCAGAAACAAAGAGGCGAUGUUCACAUACCACGAAAUCAUGGGCAGAACAACGUGCUUGGUAUUGAUUUAGACAUUGAACUGGGCAACACAGAAGAGGAGUUAAAGGAUGAGCCAGAUAGUGGCUAUCUAAGCUGCUCUUUUGAUCAAGGUCUGUGUGGCUGGAUCCAGCACAGAGAGGGAGACAUUCACUGGGAGACAUCUGCAGAUCCUUCUGGUGGGCGGUACCUAACAAUCUCAGAGGGGGGAGAGAAGCGGGGUGGGCGUGGAGCUCAGCUGAUCCUCCCCCUGACUGCGCCCUGGAACGAGGGUAACCUCUGCCUGGCAUUCCGACACAAGAUGGCAGGGCAUCAUGUGGGCAUGCUACAGGUGUUCGUGCAGAAGGCACGGCAACACAGCCCAGCUGUCUGGAGUAGAACAGGAGGAAAUGGUUGGAGGUCAACACAGAUUACAAUUUGGGGCAACGGACUAGAGAGUGUGAUUGUGAAAGGUGAACGGCGGAGAGGUCAUAAGGGUGAAAUAACUCUAGAUGACAUGAGUCUCAGGAAAGGUUCCUGUCAGGAAGAGCACAAUCUGAGGAGACUUUAACACCAACAACACAAUGGAUAGAGACUAUUAACCCCAGCUUUACUCAAAUUCCACAAAGAGGGACACCCCACAGAAUGGGACGGGGCUAUCUAUCAGUCCCGAUACGGUUAUGGGUUCACUUCCUCUGGUCCCUGUCAAAAUCGUUCCCUAAGUCCAGGUUAAAUAGGACAUAUGGGUUUUAAUUGGAUGUCUACACAAGUCAGAUUUACAUUUGUACAUUUUUAUUUUGUAAAUGUCAAAAUAUGAUUUGUCUCCAACUUUUAUUAUUUGUCGAAAUGUCAAACUGACGGUGUCAUGCCAUUGUAAAUGUUAGCUGCCCAGUUAUAUUAAUACAAAUGAUGGCCUAUUACAAUCCCUUUUCAAAGUGGCCUCAACUGCACCAUUUGGCCCAUUUGCUUUCUUAGCAGCUACCUGAGUGACGAACUAUUUUUGGUGUAUUAUAGUAAAUGUAUUCAUACACAUGUGUAUAUAUAUAUAUAAAUAUAUUUCAAAUAUGCUUUGUAGGUGCAUAAAUAUGUGAAUUCUUCAUCGUAUAAGUAAUGCAGGACAAUGUUUACAUUACACAACUCGAUUUUUACUGUUUUAUGGACGUAUAUUGUUAAUUAAAACCCAGUAAACUGUUUUAAAUUGUACUUCUUAAUGGCUGUAUCAGCCAUUCUGUAUUUCAUCGCAACCAUGGUUACCCUUUAAGAAUGUAUGUUGAAUAUAAAAGAUCUUGGUUUAAUAUGAUGAUGCAACGACUCAAAGACAUUAAAAGUU